AUGGACAGAGACCCAAAGGUCUCAGGGAGGAUCUAUCCAACCGGAGGCUCUAAUGAAGCAAGCAAUGGCUGUAGCAGUGACAACUCAGACUCUGACACUCAACAGCUUUUAGAGAGCUUGUCCCAAGGACAAAGGGCAUCCUGCAGCUGUACAGGCAGCCACCCUCUCAGCAGUCAGCACAGGAGACGGGGACAGUUUCCAUGCCCAGCCAAGAGAAGUAUCAUCAGGCUCAUCUGUAACAUGAUGGUGCUGAUCGCAAUAAUGCCAUUUUGCCUUCUCAAAAAGCUCUACUGCAAUUUAGUAAGUAGGAGCUUUGCUGGGAAAAUGGUGUUUUGGGUGACCCUGUUCACAUUGCUUUUUGGAGUUAUCUAUGUUAGACUGUUUGAUGGAGAGAUGUUUCAGCUUGAUGAAUGGAGAGAAUGCUCCAUUUGUGAUCUCAUUCUGGGUGAAACCAAGGAUCUGAGGUCCCUAAUGAAAGCUAAUCGCAUUUUGGAAAGAAAGGUGCUUCAGCUUACAGUUGUGAAGGAAGAGAUGAUGGAAGAGUUGAACAAGCUGCAGUCACAACUUCAUGGUCUUCAACUGGGACUAAAGGCAAUCAGCUAUCAAGCUGUCGGUGAAGCAUUAGAAGGGUACACCAGCAAAGGCAUAACAAGAUGGAGUGCUGAAAAGAUAAUAAACCAGUUACUUAAAAAGCUGGAUGAAGAUGAUGUUCAAAUGCCCGAUUACGCCCUCCAAUCAGCAGGUGCCAGCAUUGUUCAUUCCAGAACGACCAGGAGCUACCGCCAUGAUGGAGGAAAUUAUUUCUGGAUGUCAUUCCUUGUAUUUCCUUUUGUGAAGUCUCCAGACAUAAUUCUUCAGCCUAAGACCCAGCCUGGAGAGUGCUGGGCUUUCCCUGGACAUCAAGGUGAAACCAUUGUCAAGCUAGCCAUGGAAGUGAUUCCAAGAGCUGUUACAAUACAACAUAUAUCUAAAAAAGUUUCCCCCACGGGAGAGAUCUCCAGUGCUCCCAAAGAUUUUUCUAUUUUUGGACUAAAAGAGGAAGAUGAGGAGCAGGGAAAUUUCUUGGGCCAAUAUGCUUAUGAUGCUGAUGGAGAUUUAAUUCAAACAUUCCAACUGAAGAAUGAAUUUUCUGAAUAUAUGAGCCACGUGCAACUGAAAGUGCUGAGCAACUGGGGCCACCCAAACUACACUUGCAUUUACCGCUUCAGGGUACAUGGUGAUCAAUAG